GGGAGGGGGUUAAAUCAGUGGCUUCGAUGCUCCACGUAGUAGCUGGCUCCGCUGCCAGCUGCGGUCAGGGCUGCCCUAUAAAUGGGCCGAGAGACCCAAGAAUCUAGGACUUGCCGCUGCCAGCGCCCCACCGCCGCAGACCCCAGCCCUGACUCCAGGCGUCCCCGGCCAUGGCCGGCAUGCUCUUACUCAGUCUGAGCUUCUUGGCCAUCCUCCUGCCGGCGCUGGCCGCCUGCCCCCAGAACUGCCACUGCCAUGGCGACCUGCAGCAUGUCAUCUGUGACAAGGUGGGGCUGCAGAAGAUCCCCAAGGUGUCAGAGACAACCAAACUGCUCAACCUCCAGCGAAACAACUUCCCAGUGCUGGCUGCCAACUCGUUUCGGACCAUGCCGAACCUGGUCUCGCUGCACCUGCAACAUUGCAACAUCCGCGAGGUGGCCGCUGGUGCCUUCCGAGGCCUGAAACAGCUCAUCUACCUGUACCUGUCCCAUAAUGACAUCCGGGUGCUGCGAGCUGGAGCCUUCGAUGACCUGACUGAACUCACUUACCUCUAUCUAGACCACAACAAGGUUUCGGAGCUGCCCCGGGGGCUGAUCUCCCCUCUGGUCAACCUCUUCAUCUUGCAGCUCAACAAUAACAAAAUCCGAGAGCUGCGAGCUGGAGCCUUCCAGGGUGCCAAGGACCUGCGUUGGCUCUACCUGUCGGAAAACGCCCUCAGUUCCCUGCAGCCUGGAGCCCUGGAUGAUGUGGAGAACCUCGCCAAGUUCCACCUGGACAAGAACCAGCUGUCUAGCUAUCCCUCGGCUGCCCUGAGCAAACUUCGGGUGGUGGAGGAGCUGAAGCUGUCCCACAACCCUCUGAAGAGCAUCCCAGACAAUGCCUUCCAGUCCUUCGGCAGAUACCUGGAGACCCUCUGGCUAGACAACACCAACCUGGAGAAGAUCUCAGAUGGUGCCUUCCUGGGUGUGACCACACUGAAACACGUCCAUCUGGAGAACAAUCGCCUAAACCAAUUGCCCUCUACCUUCCCCUUCGAUAACCUGGAGACCCUCACUCUCACCAACAACCCAUGGAAAUGCACCUGCCAGCUCCGUGGCCUUCGGCGGUGGCUGGAAGCCAAGACUUCUCGACCAGAUGCCACCUGCUCCUCACCAGCCAAGUUCAAGGGUCAGCGGAUUCGUGACACAGACGCCCUCCGCAGCUGCAAAUCCCCCACCAAGAGGUCCAAGAAAGCCGGCCGCCAUUAAACAGGUCCCGUCUCAGCCAGUCCUGGUGACUGUCUUCUGCUGGAGUGACUACUGACUCCCCCUCCCCCAUCCACACCUUCUCCCACAGCCUCUGCCGCCGAUGCACAGAGCUGCCCACACCUAGACACAUCCUGGCAGGGAGCACUGGACUCUGUUACCAUCCAGCUCCACCUACUGGGGUCCAAGGGAAGACACAGAGCCUCUCCCCAGGCACUGUGCAUGGCUCCUCUCAGGGAAGUCAGUGCAGAUCUCCCUACCCUGCGUCUAUCAGAACCAAAAUGCAGUGGUCACUGGGAUGGCCACACCCUAAAACCACCUUCCCCAGUUCCUUCCUCCCCUGCCAUUUGGAAACAAACAUCAGGCCCUUGUCCCACCCUCAUUGCCAGGGGAUUUCAAGCCCAUGUCCCCAGUCCCUGCCUGCCAGGACGUGCUAACAGGAUACAGUGCUUGGCUGCACCUCCUCCCAUGCUGCAUUUCUGCCCCAGAUUUCUAUAAACAUAAUUUUAUGUGUGUAUAACAUUCA